AUUCCCUCAUUCUAUACGUCAGACUUUGUAUUACCCGACACUAAGGGAUACCCUUUCGACACAUUCCUACGUCUGGACGGAUGGCAUAAAGGGUUGGCAUUUCUCAAUGGCUUCAAUUUGGGUCGAUAUUGGACUGUCGGCCCACAAAUCACACUAUACUCACCGAAACACCUGUUCAACGCAUACCCCAAACCAAACAAAUUAAUAGUCUUUGAAUUGGAAAGUCCUUCAAACAGUAAAACCGUUCAAUUCGUAACACAAAGUGUUUUGAACGCAACAACGAUUCCCAACCCUCACCAA